UUGGUCUCUGCAUUUAACCCAAUACCAACCAACCAACCAGCCAGCCAGCCUACAUCAUUUGAGUUCAAAAUGAAAGCAUCCAACCUGCAAUUAACUCUCUGUGAUUACUCUAACCUUUUAACAUUGCUUGCCACUUGGCCUUUGUCCACCUACACCGAAGACAGCCAAAACACACCCACUUUGCUUUUAAUUGUGAAAAUGAUACCUCACUCACCAUUAGACGAUUAUAAACCAGCUUCACCUGAAAACGUCCAAAACUCACCCUCUUUGCUUUUAAUGGAAAAAUGAUGCCUCCAUAUUGACACACUUUCACAUGCUUCAUUUGAUUCCAUUUUAGUUUGAAUGUGCACACCCUUGUACAUUUCUCAUCCAAUGUGCUCUAUUCCGAUUUCCAAAUAUUCAUCCAGGGUACAAUUCUUUAUUGUUUGAAAAUGAUCCAAACUUUUUACAAGUUGACUUUUUUCCCCAAAAAAAGUUCCAACAUUUCAUUUCCAACGGCACAUUCAAAAAAAGUCUGGAUUUGACCCCCCACAACAUUUAAAAAUGAGGAUUUAUUUGGAUUUGCACUUUUUCUGACCGAUUCAAACCAUUCCAACUUCCGUUUAUGCCGGUCGGCCGACCGAUUCCAAACUUUCGGUCGUUUUUCUAUUUCUGAAGCAUGGCUGUCAAGCUAGCUGCCCCGCCGCAGCGCUCCUAGCUUCAGUUUGCGCUGGCAACUUGCAGCAGAAAUAUGUAUUAUUGUUAUUCUCAUCUCCAAAAGUUCCCAAGUUGGCUCAACUCAUAUCUCCAGGCACCGCCGCUCUAGUGUAUUUUGGAUUCACCUUGGAAUGUCACUAAAAGCCUUCAUUUCAACACACACAAAUACAUGUCAUGGCAACCACAACUCCAAUUGGAUUGACUUUCUGUUCAGAACAAACACAUGAUGGCGUUCAAUUUGUCUUUAUCAUGUUUGUGCUGGUCUCGUGUCUUCGGCCGGCGGCAGGGCCGUGCGCGUGCUUCAACCUGGACACCAGGCGAGCGCAAAUCUUCCGAGGCUGGGAGGAGAGCCACUUUGGCUACACGUUACGACAAUACAGCGCGCAAGGAAGACAGUGGCUCCUGGUGGGCGCCCCCCUGGCCUGGACGGACGACCAGCAGACAGGUGACGUCUUCAGGUGUCCCAUGGACGAGCAAAGCGCUUUGAAGUCGGCCAGCGCCUGCAGCCGCCUGCACCUGGGAAACGUAUCCGUGGACAACGUGCUGGCGCCGCGUAAAAGCGGGAUGAGGUUGGGAAUGACGCUCACCGCUGAUCACAAGGACGGAAGCUUUGUGACGUGCGGCCCACGCUGGUCUCAUGAGUGCGGGAGCUCCGUGUACACAUCGGGAGUCUGCACUCACGUGGGAGCCGGCUUCCAAACGCUGGAAACGCUCACGCCCGCAUUCCAGAGGUGCGAGACCUUUGUGGACCUGGUGAUGCUGGUGGACGGCUCCAACUCCAUCUACCCAUGGACGGAUGUCACAGACUUCCUGGUCAACAUUCUGCGCAAGGUUAACAUCGGCCCCGGGCAGACGCAGGUUGGUGUGGUGCAGUACGGCUCCAGGGUGGUUCACGAGUUCCGCCUGGGUGAGCACCAGACAAUGGACGAGGUCCUGCAGGCGGUCGCUGACAUUAGACAACGAGGAGGGGAGGAGACCCGCACGGCGUUAGCCAUCAACGUGGCCGGGUCACAGGCCUUCAAGCGCGGCGGCCGUCCCGGUGCUCACAAAGUUCUGGUGGUAAUCACAGAUGGAGAAUCUCACGACAGUCCUCAGCUCGAUGACGCCGUCGCACGCUGCAAACGCGACAACGUCACCAUGUACGCCAUCGCGGUUCUGGGCUACUACAACCGCCGCGGCAUCGACCCGUCGGCAUUCCUGAAGGAGAUCCGCUUCAUCGCCAGCGACCCGGACCAGGAUCACUUCUUCAACGUGACGGAUGAGGCGGCGCUCAAGGACAUCGUGGACGCGCUGGGAGAGCGAAUCUUCUCGCUCGAAGGGGGCGACGGGCUGGGUCGAGGCUUCGGCCUGCAGAUGGCGCAAGCAGGAUUCUCCUCGCACCUCCUGCAGGACGGCCUUCUGCUGGGCGCGGUGGGUGCGUACGACUGGAACGGCGCUGUGCUCAAGCGCAACUCGCGUGGCGGAAGUCUCCUUCCCGACCUGUCGGCGUACGGUGACCAGUUCCCCGAGGAGCUCCGAAACCACGCCGCCUACUUCGGGUACUCUCUGGGGUCACUGGUGGACUGGCACGGCUCGGAGGUGCUGCUUGCGGGAGCGCCCAGGUUCAACCACACCGGCAAGGUUGUGGUCUUCACCUUGGAUCCCCGUGCAAACGUCAAGGUCCUGCAGGCGCUGGUGGGAGAGCAGAUGGGUUCUUACUUUGGCAGCGUGUUGUUGUCAAUGGACGUGGACGGCGACGCGCAGAGUGACCUUUUCCUAGUGGCUGCGCCCAUGUACUGCAGUCACGAUGCGCAUGAGAUGGGAAAAGUUUACGUCUACAAACUUAGCACACGUUCCCAGGCUUUGUUGGUGUUGCACGGGGCGCUGCUUCCGUCACCUUCUCUGGAUUCCCGCUUUGGCGCAGCGCUGGUCCAGAUCCCUGACGUCAACGCGGACGGCUAUAACGACUUGGCGGUGGGCGCGCCGCUGGAGGAUGACCAUCAGGGAGCGGUCUACCUGUAUCAUGGCCACCGUAGGAGCCUUCACAUGCACCACACACAGCGCUUUUCCGCUGCCAGCCUCGACUUGGGACUCAAAUACUUUGGGCAAAGUCUUGAUGCCGCCAAGGAUGGCGACGGCGACGUGAGCGUGGCCAUCGGAGCGCUUGGAGCCGCCGUCGUCGUUGGGUGUCGGCGGGUAGUGCGUCUGGAACCCACACUGACCUUCGAGCCCGAGAAGGUGAACGUUUUCCACAAGGACUGCUGGAGAGGAGGGAGACCGGUCACUUGCAUGGUCGCCAGAGUGUGCCUGCAGCUUCACGACGUGGCCUGCACGCGCGCCGGCAUCGCACGCCGCGUCGUCGCUGUACGUUACCAUCUGAAUUUGGACGAGAAACGAGUUCCUCACCGAGCUGUUCUUGAUGAACGCGAACGUCUUCAGACGCAAAGCAUGACCCUGACGACCGGAGUUGAACAAUGCCAACGACACGCCUUCACAGUGCAGGACACCAUGGAUUACAGCCGUCCGAUCGCGGUGGGGCUGGAGACGGGGCUACGGGCCGGAGACGACGGGCCGUUGCUGGACCCCGAUUGGCCGACCGCACUGAAGGCCGAGCUUCCAUUUUGGAACGGUUGCACACAUGAAGAAGCCUGCGUUCCAAACCUCAUCGCUGACAGUUUCACCGACCUCACAAGUGUCCAGCACUUGUGCGCUUCCCCAGAGGAGUCGUGGCGGCGGGCAUGCCGCCAGCAGGGGGCCGGCGGCAGCGCGUGGGUGAUAGAGACACGGCGGAGGAGGGUGGCACUCUUCACCCGCCUGGAAAACCACGGAGAGAACGCCUACGGGACAUCCGUCCUGCUCUCCACAUCGCCAAACCUGAUCUUCGCCGGCUUGGUCGUCAAGGACCAGUCAGACGUGCAGAUGGAGUGCUUCCCACAAGAAAACAAUCAAAGCAGAUGCAACAUCAGCGCACCUCUCAUGAAGGCCUCGUCUCAGGUAUUUUUCCGAGUGGAGUUUGAGUUCAGUUCUUCUGUCUUUCUGGACCACCUUCAUAUCGCUGUGGCAGCCAGCAGUGAAGGCAAAGACGCUUUUCCCGAAGACAACAAAAACGACAUCACCCUCCCUCUGAAAUACCAAAGCGAGCUCCUCUUCACCAUAGAUCGACGGCCCUCUCGCUUUGUGAUCCAAUCAGAAGACGACGACGACGACGACGUCUUCCCCACCUUCAACGUCUCCUUCUACCUGGAGAACCUGUCGUGGUUCCCUGUGGAGGGUGUGACGUUCAGGGCUGACCUUUGGGCCGUGAGUCUCCAUGGCAACCGUCUGCUCAGCCUCACCCACUGCGGCUUGGACCGGAAUGUGGACGCUGGCCGAGACCAGGCAGCCGCCUCUUGCGUCCUGACGCAGCCCGCCGCGAGCGAUCACGCCACGGCGGAGGACCUUACACGCCUGACGCAGAUGAAUCAGAGUAACAGCGCGUGCGUGACGGUGCAGUGCAUUGUACGUCUUCCCGCCUACAAGCGGGUGAAGUUGGCAAAAGGUCGGUGGCCUCCAGCCUUUUGUCAGCAGGUGGUCUUCAAGUCUCUUGAGGUUUUGGUCAGUGCACAUGUCCACUUGGAUGCCUCCACUUCUUUCUUCUUGCAGGAGGAGCGUCCAGUCAGACAGACGGUGGUGGAGCUGACAAAGGAGCGGGCGUCCGAGGCCAUCUUGGUGGCUGUUUUCCUGGGCAGUUCAGCUGGAGGCUUUCUCGUGCUCGCUGUCAUUGUGCUCGUGCUCUGGAGGCUGGGCUUCUUCUCCAGAAAGAGGCGGAAUCAGGAGCAGGCCGAGUCAGCGGCUAAUGGCAAGCCAGGAGAGGAGGGACUGUGAUGAUACCACGGCAGCAGCCGCAUGCAUUGGCAUCACUAAUGAUGUUUCUAGUCUUUGAGAUGGGGCGGCGCUUGGGGAGGCCAUCGGACCUUGCAGCACCAUGGCCACCCCUCACAUAGUUACUUCUAUGAAGAUGGCCACUAGGGGGCUCCCUGCUGGCGACUGGCAGCCAUAUUGGCCACCCAUUUCACUGACGUUCGCAAUGACCCUUGAUGUCAGCUCAGCUCAGCUCAGCAGUUCAUUUUUUGCAAUCAAAUAAGAAACGUUAGCUUUCAUAAGAGUAUUGCUUUGCUGGAGUAAUCAGCAGUGAUGGAUUGUGAUAACCAUAGCGCUAGCCCUAAAGCCAAGCCUGCUUCGUGCUCGUCGUUGCAACUCCGACAUUUGAACAAAACCAUCAAGAUCACUUUAAGAUUGAAGGAAGAAGACCUGUCGUGUCUUACAGUUUGACAUUUUUUUCAUCACUCUUUUUACUUUUCAAAAUAAAACAUGUUCUUGUUGACAUUGA